UUCAACAAUUUAAAGAAGUUAUUGAAGCACUUAGUCAAGAUCAAUGACCUAAUUUACAUCGAGUAAUACCAUUGCGACAAUGUUUAAUUAUUAAAUGCGAAAUUACUGAAGAAGAUUCAAUAGCAAUAGCUGAAUUAAAAUUAUUUUUAGGUGAGCAAAAUCAGGCUAAGUGCUUUCACAUUGUUGCACUUGAUGAAAAGUUUACUCGAUACAUGUGCUUUUUUAUUUUUACAGUUAUGCUUUUGAAUUUUAGCUCAUCGAAUGAAAACUGUUGGCUUAUUACAAAUGAACAUCGACUAGCAAUAAUUCUUUAUCCAAAAUUAAAGAAUUUUGAAAGUUGCUAUGAUGAGAAAGAACGUGCAAUUUCUACAUUAAAAUUAGCAUUUGACAAAUAUCAAUUGAAUAAUUCAUCAUCUGCUUGUGUAUUAGGUUCUAAUCAAGUUAUUUCACCCAUUUCUUCAAAUACUAAUACAAAUAUUGUAUCAUUAAAAGUUAAAAACACUCUUAACUCAAUGCUUUGGUGCAAUGAUUAA